AAGCGCUCGCACGGUAACACGGGAACUUAAUCGCAAAAAAGUUCACAAGAAAGUUACAUAGGUACAAAUAAAACUAAGUACGGUAAUAACUAUAUUUUGUUGUAAACAAAGAAAAUGGAUACAUUAAUUAAAAUAUUGCGGCGCUGACGGCUUGUGAUGAGGUUUACGCCCCCCUGGUGUUCCCCCCUUAGCCCCCUCUACUCCCCACUCUCUAGACCCACUACAAAAAACUCCAAGUCCACCCUCUCUUUGCCUUUGAUAAUAUUAUUCAUCCCCAUACUCCAAACACAGACUUUCGACAUCCCGCGAGUCAACGACAUGGCCGAUAUCAGCAGGAGCGAAGGAAUCGACGAAAUCGAGCAAACUCCUGAUGUCCUAAUCGAUAGCGCAUUCAACAGGAAUAUAAUAUUUACAAAAUACCAAACGCUCCUAAACAGAAUCAGAAGAAAAGCUAAUAUAUAUAGCAGUAAUGAGAAUAUUAUAGAAAACUAUAAGUCACUGUUGCCUAAAUUUAUACACAAAUCCCAAAGUUUUAGUAAUAUUUCCGAAGUAGAUCUACCUAGCGGUAUAACUAACGCUGUGCCAAACGAUAUAUCAGAUUUAAAUUUUAAGAUACAAAGGCUAGGCCACAGUCGUCCGUUUGCGAAGAGGUUACAUAGGGGCAACCCCGUUAUCGUCGAUCUCAAACAGGAGACUAUGGGUAAAUUAAAGAUAGACGACGCCACGAGACAGAAAAUAUACCACGACUACUCAUCGACGUUCCUGAGAAACGAUUCCCUACACACUCAGGAAGGAAAAAGCCCGGAGAUAUCAGAAAUGAAAAGUAAUAGAAAUGAUACCACAAAGUUGCAAGCAAAAACCUUCGGUCACGAAACAAAUUCAACAAUUUAUUCCUAUUCAGAUUCGAGUACGUCUUCUGCAGCCGAGACCCCUAAGCGAAUAUUAUCGAUCCUGGGUCUAUUCGAGCUGUCAGUGGGGGACGUGCCCCGCGUGGACGGCAUGUCGGAGCUGGCGGCCGCGCGGCUUGCCGUCAGCCACGUCAACACCAACCACCUGCUGCCAGGAUACGAGCUCACACUCAUCACUAACGACACCAAGUGCGACCCCGGCGUGGGUCUGGACAGGUUCUUCCACGCGCUGUACUCUCGGCGAGAGUCACGGCUGGUGAUGCUGCUCGGGACCGCCUGCUCCGAGGUCACUGAGAGCAUCGCCAAGGUGGUGCCAUAUUGGAAUAUUGUGCAGGUUUCUUUCGGCUCUACUUCCCCUGCGCUGAGCGAUCGGUCUGAGUUCCCGCUGUUCUGCCGGACGGUGGCCCCCGACUCCUCACAUAACACUGCCAGAAUUGCUUUUAUUAGGCAAUUCGGUUGGGACACAGUGACGGCGUUCUCCCAGAAUGAGGAGGUGUACUCCCUGGGGGUGAACGAGCUGGUGACUCAGCUCGAGACCGCCAACAUCACUUGCGCCGCGUCCAUCACCUUCGCCGAGACUGACUUCAAGGAGCAGCUGCUACAGCUUAAAAACCUGGAUACACGGAUCAUAAUAGGAAGCUUCUCUCAAGAUAUGCUGCCAAAAAUAUUUUGUGAGGCUUUCAACCUGGGUAUGUUCGGGGCGGAGUACGCGUGGCUGGUGUCCGGGGAGCCCCCGCGGAUCCGGGGCUCCACCCCGUGUCCCCGGGCGCACCUGGCGAAGGCUCUGGAGGGCCUUGUCUCCGUCACCGCUCAUAGAGGCAUCGUCGGCGGCGGCGAGUCACUUUCGGGGUUGACGAAUGAAAUGUUCCACCGAGAAAUGGAAGGAGAAGGAGUGGCGGUGUCUCAGAAUGCCCACUACACGUACGAUGCAGUUUGGGCAAUUGCUCUCGCGUUGAGCAAGUCGGAGGUGCUGUGGAAAAACCAAAAUGCGAAUCUCAGUUUGACACACUUCGACUACAACAGGAAAGAGAUGGCAGAGGAGUUUUUAAGUCAGAUCGGCAAUUUGAGCUUCCUCGGUAUUUCGGGCCCCGUAUCGUUCAAUGGGGCGGACAGAAUAGGGGUGUCAGCGUUCUACCAGAUACAAGGUGGUCGUCCAAAAACCGUUGCCCUAUACACAUACGGUACAAAAAUGAGCUGUCCCGAGUGUGUAAAGCCGCAAUGGGCGGGAGGGAUACCUGCCGCCAGAAGGGUGCUAGUUCUCAGAAUAGACUCUGUAUGGGUUCCCGCUAAAAUUGCCGUGGCAGUAUUAUCAGGAGCCGGCAUAGCCUUGGCCAUAGGCUUUUUAGCCUUCAACCUACACUACAGUAAGCGCAGGUCUAUCAAACUGUCAUCACCUCGUUUGAACAACAUGACCCUUAUUGGGUGCGUGCUGGUGUACACUUCUGUAGCUCUACUGGGUGUCGACAAUUCUAACUUGCCGCCGUAUAUACAGUUCUCUGCCGUGUGUACCGGUAGAGUGUAUGUUUUGUCAGCUGGCUUCUCCCUCGCGUUCGGCUCGAUGUUCGCCAAGACGUAUCGAGUACAUCGCAUAUUUAUAAGUAAUCGAAUCGGUGUGUGCAAAACCAAACUUCUUCAAGAUACACCUCUGAUAUCUCUAGUAUGUGCCCUACUCGUAAUCGAUGGCUUGAUAGUUACCUUAUGGGCGGUUCUGGACCCCAUGGAGAGACAUCUGAAGAAUUUGACAAUAGAAAUUAGCAGUAGCGAUCGUAGCGUCGUCUAUCAACCACAGAUAGAAGUGUGUAGAUCGCAGAACACGACGGGAUGGCUCUGCGUCCUUUACGUUUACAAGGGUCUGCUUCUAAUAGUCGGACUAUACAUGGCAUGGGAGACGAGGAACGUUAAAAUAUCAGCUCUAAACGACUCCAAAUAUAUCGGCAUCAGCGUAUACUCUGUUGUCAUUACGAGCACUUGUGUGGUGGUCAUUGGAACCAUCAUUUCGGAGCGAGCCACUCUGGCGUACGUCACCAUCACGAGUCUUAUCCUCAUAGCCACCACGUCCACGUUGUGCCUGCUGUUUUUCCCCAAAAUUAUCGCCAUCAGGAAAAAUGACGACGACCCAAUAAUUCAAAGUAUGGGCUUGCGAUUGGAGUGUAAAACUAGAAGAUUUAUCACCGACGAAGCGCAGGAGCUACAGUUUCGCAUCGAGAUACAAAAUAGGGUAUAUAAAAAAGAAGUCGCAGCGCUGGAUCGUGAAAUAGGGAGAUUGGAAAAGCUGUUGGAGACAGAAUCGAGUAUUGAUUCGAUCGCUUUAUCUAAGAGGGUGGAGUUGAACACUGUCCAGGAGGAGGGCAGAAACGACACAGAAAAGGAUAAAAGAACUCCGAGUAUUAGCGGUGGUCUGCCUAUGCUACUUCUUUCCGUCCUUCCACCCGUCAUACCGAGAGCGAGCUGGCCGUCGGCGGAUGCCUUCAAGGGCAGGAAUUCCAUCAGUUUUAGUUCCCAACCGAAACUCAAUUUCAGAAAGUCUCAGCCCGCCAUAGACUUGUACAAUUUGUGUCUAAACAAGCGGGAGGAGAGCCCGGGAAUUUUGAGUAGACUAAAAAAUUUCUUCGGCAGCAAAUCGGCAAGCCGCAAAGCGUCUUCCACCUCGAUAAGCGAUCCUUCGGGACCGAGCAUAGCUGCAGCGCUCAAACUACACGUAGGUAUGAUAGCCGGGUUGGUGCCCGGGAACCGCAAGCACUCUAUGGUCCACUCCUGCAACAUGUUAAACGUGCCCCAACAGGAGAUGAAGCUGCGACGAGAGUCGUACGCGAAGAGCGGCCCGAUCAUCCGAGUGACCGACGACGAACCGAGCUGCUCCAAAUACUACGAGGAAAACGCACCGAGAAUACCUCAAAAAUAUAUCGCGGAGCCGGAAACGAAAGUGAACUUCGUUUUGCCGACGACACAAAGGAAAUCUUUAUCGCAGCAAACAUCCUGCGAACGAAUUCGCGGGUCCCCGAGAUUUCCGCACAAGAUAGCGCCCGUCACUACCAGCUUAACCGCUCUCAGUGGAAAAAGAAAAAUUAGCGCAGACAGCGUUUUCACCGUAUUGGACACGGAUUAUGACGAGCAACGCAGGUACAGCCAGCAGAACGUCUGUAAUCGCGGAUCCAAGGAAAAGAUGGCGAUGGAAAAUAAAUGGAGAUCGACCGAAGACGCCAGGCCGGGCACGUCCGCUAGAUACUAGUAAGUAAUUACAUUUCCAGAAGUUACAAUUUACUUAUCAAUGUAAAAAAAAAAAUUCAACGGUGCUGAAGUACAUUUUCAGUAACUUCAAACAUUGCAACAUUAAAUCUUUAAUUGAUAAAAAUACUUCAAUAUUUAGGGUAAAAUUCUGUAUUUAUUGUAGAUAGUCCUUAGAAUAUUCACAGG